UGCCAUGGGACCUUUAACAUAAGUGAUUCUUUUAAACCUCUGAGGUUCAGAGACUGCGUCAUCAACGGACAAACCUGGUGGAACAUCAAUUUUGACUUUCUGUUAUCAUCCUUCCCCAUCUCGGGAGCUUGACAAACAGCUUUAGUAGCUCUCAGGGCAACUAGUUUUACAACUGGUAAACACAUGCCCAGAAAGAGAAUAAGGUUGAACCUUACAAACACUGACCCACACAAUUCAGAAUAAUCCCCAAGAUCAAACCCACGAUGUAGCUCCUUAAUGCCCAGAGCUGUUUUGUGAGCCAUGUACAUGACGUCUUAGUAGCAUAGAUGUAGGAACAGCAUUCAGUACCAAAACCAUGCAAGUUCCCCCUGUGCUGCUAGCAACAGGUCAAGUGCCAUGCAGUUUUGUAGAACCACAGUAUGGCAUGGUUGCAAUCCAGCGUGCUAGUCCCAUGGGGAAAGAAGUAAGAUACCCCCCCAAAUUGGAAAUGAGAGCCAUGUCACAGAAGAUUGUCGACUAUUACCCUAUGUUACGUGAUGCUGAUCCAAAUAUGCCAUAUCUGACCAUCUACACCAAAAUGUAUAAGCAACUCCAAAAUAUGAGAUCCCCAAGGAAGAGGCAGGGCUCCGUACCACAAAGAGGAGUGGCCAAGACAGCUCUCUUCAGUGCACACAACCAAGAAAUGGAGACAGAUUGGACAGACACAAGCAACUCAAGUGAUAAUAGCAUACUUCUUGAGAGCAAUGAUGACAUCAGCGAGGACAACUCCAGUGCAGCAUCCCCAUUACAACUACCCUCCUCUGUGCCAAGGAAGCCAGAGAGUGGGACCAAAACCUUACUGCUGCCACCCGAAUCAGCCUCAGGCUCCUCACCCAGGACUGUGAUCGCUUCACCAACCACACCUGCAAAGGAUGUUGUUGUCGGCCAGGACAAACUGAAGAUGCAGGCUAGGCACUACAGGACCUUGAGCAACAUGUACAAUAAGCCCAAUGCAAAACCCAAUCACAACGAUGUUGCUCAACUUUUGGACCUUGAGUUUGAGGCCAGACGGGCUUUCAUCGAUGCAGAUGUUACAAGGGAAGAAGACCGACCUGCAAAAAUCUUUGAGGCAUAUCCAUGCUUCAAAGAUGUUCGAAAUGCAAUGGAUGAGCUGCGGCACAUAGUAGGUGGCACCAACAGAAGAUACGUCGAGGAAGUCAAAGGAAGAUGGGCAGACUUUUGUGCCAAGGUACAGUUCUAUGGUGUGUGGAAGAAAGCCCUGAAACCCCCUUUCCCUUUGGAUGUCUGUGGAGUCAGGCGAAGACCCUGGCCUGUACCUGGAGAAGCGUCCUCUCUCCUUCCCAGUUCUGCUUUCUGAUGGAUCAACCACCAUCGUGGCUGUGGGUAACGUACCUGUGACCACCCUCCCGCAGGAAGAUUUCUCAGUUGGUGUUAAUGGCA